CAAAAAUAGGAUCAAAACUGGAUCCAACGGACUCUCUUUUUCCAUCCCCUUGCUUUCUCGCUCGCAAAAGCCUCCCCUCCGCUCGGCUUUUUCCCCAAUCCAUCCCCGAUCCGGCGCAACUCACCAUUCGUCUGGUCCCACCCUCCCUCGCUGCCGCAGCGCUUCUCCUCUUCCUCCCUUCCUCCUCGCCCCGCCCCGCAGCCUGGUGGUCGCGCCCGCCGCCGGCUCGCCCACUGUGGAGGCUGCAACCCGACGGCCGCGCCUCACGGCGACUCUUCCGUGGCCCCGCCAGUGUCGCCUCGCACCGUGGCCCGAUGGCCACGCCCCGUGCCAUCUCAUCCAUGGCGGAGGCAGUGCCCGGCGGUCGCCACCGCACAAGCGACCGCGGCCGGCAUCGCUUGCGCCGAGGCCCGGUGGGCAGGCUUGUCCGCGGCGCCUACUCGUCCAAGGCGGAGGUCGCGUCCGAGCUUCGGUUCAUUUGCGCCGGCCGGCGGCAGGACGGCGAGCAGGGUGGUGAAGGCAAGCGACGGCGGUGGGGACGGCGAGCAGGCGGGGAAGGCGAGUGGCGGCGGGUGGACCAACGAGCGAUGGCAGUGACGGCUGGUGGACCAGCGAGCGAUGGCGAGCAGGCGGGGAAGGUGAGCGACAGUGAGCAGGCGGAGGCUGGCGCCGCGAGCGGGAGUCCGCGGGCUGUGCAGGAGCUGGCGGCCCGGCAGCUCGGGUCACCAACGGUGGCCGGCUCUGCUGUCUCUUGGCCACGUCGUUGGAGAAGGCCAUAGGAAGUUGCAGUGCAGGUAGCUAGAUCUGGAUGCCAUGAACACAGGUAAUUUAUUAUACAAUUUCUAUUUAUAUUGUUUGAUUAUCUGCCCUGAUCCAAUAUACACAAGCACGAGCUUCUUUAAUUUUUC